AUGUCUGGCCAACCUUAGACUCUCUCUCUCUCUCUCUCUCUCUCUCUCACUCUUAAUAUCACACAAACUUUGUAUAGGCAUAGCCAACCCCGAGCAACCAAUGGCUACCAGCUCUUCCUAUGUUCUGUUUCUAAAGUCUCCUCACUCACCACCUUCUUUAACUACACCACUUUCACAUAACCAAUCUUGGUUUCAAUCAAGAAUUAUUAGAAGAACUAAACCCAUUAGUACUGUGCAAUCAGUCAUCAAAGGUCAAACCAAUGUAAGAAAGGAGGGUAUUGUCAUCAUUGGAGCGGGAAUUGCUGGCCUUGCCACCGCCUUGUCCCUUCAUAGGCUUGGACUUGGGUCAUUGGUGCUUGAGCAGGCAGACUCACUUCGGACUGGUGGAACUUCACUCACCCUUUUCAAGAAUGGGUGGCGUGUGUUGGAUGCAAUAGGAGUAGGAAAUGAUCUCAGGAGACAAUUCCUUGAAAUCCAAGGGAUGGUGGUGAAGUCAGAAGAUGGGACGGAGAUGCGCUCCUUCAAAUUCAAAGAUGAAGAUGAAAGCCAAGAGGUCCGAGCUGUGGAAAGAAGGAUACUUCUGGAGACUCUAGCCAAUCAGUUGCCCCGAGAUGCAGUACAAUUUUCUUCGAAGCUGGCCAACAUUGAGAGAAGUGAGAAUGGUGAAAUUUUGUUGGAACUUGUGAACGGGACUCGAUUAUGUGCAAAGGUCGUGAUUGGAUGCGAUGGGAUCCGAUCUCCAAUAGCUAAGUGGAUGGGGUUCUCUGAACCGAGGUAUGUUGGCCAUUGUGCAUUCCGUGGGCUUGGAUUUUAUCCAGAAGGGCAGCCAUAUGAACCAAAAGUGAAUUAUAUAUAUGGUAGAGGUUUGCGUGCUGGAUAUGUUCCAGUCUCUCCCACAAAAGUCUACUGGUUUAUCUGCUUCAACAGACCAUCGCCAGGUCCAAAAAUUAGUGACCCAUCUGUGCUAAAGAAGCAAGCUAAAGAACUUGUAAGGAACUGGCCUUCAGAACUAUUGAGCAUCAUUGAUCUUAGCCCUGAUGACACAAUCAUUAGAACACCACUUGUAGACCGUUGGCUGUGGCCGGCCAUCAGCCCUUCUGCUUCAGAUGGUAAGGUUGUUCUAGUUGGAGAUGCUUGGCAUCCAAUGACUCCCAAUCUUGGGCAGGGUGCUUGUUGUGCAUUGGAGGAUGCAGUAGUUCUGGCCAGAAAGCUUGCCAAUGCAAUCAAGUCUGAACCAGCAUCUGUAGAAAGUGCUCUUAGAUCAUAUGGAAGUGAAAGAUGGCCCCGCAUCUUUCCACUAACCAUACGUGCAAAUAUUGUGGGUUCAGCUUUGCAGUGGGAGAAUCCAGUUGUGUGUUCUGUUAGGAACAAUGUUAUCAUCCCUAAGAUAGUUAGGCUUGGACCAUUGUUGGAGCAUACAAAUUUUGAGUGUGAACCCCUAUAGAAGGCAGAAUAUUUCAUAGUCAGGGCAGUAAGACAAGAUUUGGGGCCAAAGACUAGAAAGCUCCUGCCUUCCUUCCCAUUUAAACCUUGAAAACCAUUGCUGCUUUGUAAUCCUAUGUAAAGAGACUCUUACAAACUUCAUUAUAGCUGUAAAAACACAUAUUUGAAUAAAUUAGCAUUUGGUAGA